AUGAAAAUUCAUAACACUUGGUUUGCUUAAGCCACAUAUAUAGGAAUUAUUGGUGCAUUUGUUUUUGCUACUACAAGGUUUACAGUUCCAGAAUAUAGACUUUAUUAUAGAGUUGCCAAAGCUUAAUAUCUUUGAGAAUUUCAUGAUAUCUAUUUAAAUAACCACAUAAUUUAUUCACUUUUAAGUUUAUGCUAGCACUUUUAUAUUUAUUCAUCUUAUUUUAUCAAUUUAGAGGCUUUAAUCUCUUUUUUAUACUUUUCUAGAUCGUCUAAAGGAAUUAAGAGAUAUUUAUUAAAGUUCAUUAAUUUUGAUCUCAUAGUUAAAUCAAAAUAAACCUAAGAAAGUACAUUUAAAGAUGAAUUAAACUUCAUUUAUCUUUUUAUAAUAAUUCUAAUUUAAGUAGCUCUCCUCCAACUUAAUGUUCACUUGGACAAUCUUUAGUCGAAAGAUCAUUAAUACUAUUACUUGA